GAUGUUUCAGGGUUGGCUGAGGGGUGCUUUGGGACUGGGGGUGUUUUGGGGUCAAAGGGUGUUUGAGGCCAGGGCUGGGGUGAUUUGGGGCUGGAGGGGAUGUUUCAGGACUGGUGCAGUGUAGUGGGGCAGGAGUUUUUUUGGGGCCAGGGGUAUCCAAGGCUCUUGGAGGGCAUUGUGCCAUCCCUUCCACAGUACCUGCAGAUGAAGUGGCCACUGCUGGACGUGCCGACCGGGGCCACGCUGAAGGACAACCGCUCGCCCUCACCCGCCCACCUGUCCAACAAGGUCCCGGUGGUGCAGCACGCCCACCACGUGCACCCGCUGACGCCGCUCAUCACCUACAGCAGCGAGCCCUUCCCGCCGGGAUCGCCGCCCGGCCACCUCUCCCCGGAGAUUGACCCCAAGACGGGGAUCCCACGGCCGCCGCACCCCCCCGAGCUGCCCUCCUAUUACCCGCUGUCGCCUGGAGCCGUGGGGCAGCUCCCACACCCGCUGGGCUGGCUCGUGCCACAGCAAGGCCAGCCCGUGUACUCCAUUCCUGCUGGUGGCUUCCGGCACCCGUAUCCAGCCCUUGCCAUGAAUGCCUCCAUGUCCAGUUUGAUGUCCAGCCGCUUCUCCCCGCACAUGGUCCCGCCACCCACGCACGGGCUGCACCCCUCAGGCAUCCCACACCCCACCAUCGUCGCGCCCAUCGUCAAGCAGGAGCCCUCCCAGCCCAGCGCCAGCCCUGCAGGCAGCUCGAAAUCCCCUGUGGCAGUGAAGAAGGAGGAGGAGAAGAAACCCCACAUCAAGAAGCCUCUCAAUGCCUUCAUGCUGUACAUGAAGGAGAUGAGGGCCAAGGUGGUGGCCGAGUGCACGCUGAAGGAGAGCGCCGCCAUCAACCAGAUCCUGGGCCGGCGGUGGCACUCGCUGUCACGGGAGGAGCAGGCCAAGUACUACGAGCUGGCGCGGAAGGAGCGGCAGCUGCACUCGCAGCUCUACCCGACCUGGUCAGCGCGGGACAACUACGGCAAGAAGAAGAAGCGGAAGCGCGAGAAGCUGGCGCAGCAGCAGCAGCAGCAGCAGCCGAGCACCUACAUGAAGCUGCACCGGGGGCUCCCCAAGCCCCGCCCCCAAACGGAGCAAACCCCGCCCCAUCGGUAUGGCCACGCCCACGCCGGAGCAAGCACCGCCCCUUUUUCGGCCCCGCCCCUGCGCGGCCCAAGCCUCGCCCGCAGGCUCAAGUCCCGCCCCGUCCCGCUCAGUCUCCGCCCUCCCGGCAGCUCUCGCCAGCUCCCGGCCGCCGCCCGCUCUCGCGAGAUCCGUGCCCGGAAGCGGCGCUGA